GCUCGGGAGACGCUCUGCACUUUUCAUCGCCCGUUUCUGUACCUACAACGCUGGGGAAAGCAAAGGAAGGAGGAGUACCAUAGAGAUGAGGAGAGCAGAAAGGCGCGCGGCAUGGUGGUGGUGGAAGCAAACCCGGCUGCUCUAGGAAUCCCCGAAGGAGAACUCGACGCCCGAAGUGAAAUCCGGGUCACCGAACUGCAUGGUCUCUUCCCCUCGGUCGGCGCGGGAAACGGGGCGGCGGGAUCUCGCUAAGUAGCCCCUCCCUCAGGAAAAGAGAGACUUAUGCUCAGUAUAGCCGCUUUGCAGAAGGCAUGAUGAGGCAGUUGUACAUGUGAUCCAAGUUAAAUCGGUGCAAUCAUUUUUCAUAAUGAGUACCUUAAGUAGUUACUUUAUGCCACUGAGUCAAAAAAGGAAGGCUGAAGAAGCAGCAGAAAUUGUUGAAUCAACUUCUGAUCCUUUCAAACAUUGCAAAACUAACACUGAAGAUACAUGUGGUCAAGAGGAUGGAAGUUCAGGCAAAGAUUGGCCCGAAUGUUGGACACUAUUGCAGAAAAAUGACUUCUGUCAGAGAAAUGAGUGGCUGUUUGUCAAUAAUAAAAGGUUGGGCUGCAAAGUGUGCCGAGAUGUCGGAAGUCUUCCUGUCGAAAAACGGAUGGGAAUGAAAAUUUCAGUAGAGUGGGCCAAUUGUAAAAUUAGUCAUUUUGGAGAGUCUCGCAAACAACAGUUAAUGUCUUUAAGAAAAAAGAUUUUUGAACACAAGGAAAGUGGAGCUCACAAAGCAGCAGAAAGGAUUAAAUCUGAGUCUAAAAAUGAAAAGUUAGAUAAAGUCGUCUUAAACGCAACAAAAGUAUUUCGAACCGCUUACAAAGUUGCAAAAAAAAAUCAAGCAUUUAACAACUUUGAAGAUGAAAUAAAUUUACAGGAACUUAAUGGCCUAGACAUGGGAUAUACCUUUCACUCUACAAAUGCCUGCAUUAAUAUUUUAAACCAUAUUGCAGCUGAAAUGAGAAAAACCUUAAUAAGCAACAUAGUGAACUCUAAGAAUAAAAUGUCCUUAAUUAUUGAUGAAUCGACAACAGUGAAUAACAGAAUAACUUUGAUUGUUAUUAUUCGCGUAGUUCUUCCCAAACAUUCGGCUCCAAUAAGUCUUUUCCUAGAUUUGAUUGAGUUACAAGAUACAACAGCAAGAGGAAUUUUAAGCUCAUUAAUCAGUCAUCUUGAGUGCCUAGGAAUCUCUGAAGAUUAUUUAAACGAGUAUUUAUUGUCUGUCACUUGUGAUGGUGCUGCAGUGUUGUUUGGCGCACGUGGUGGUGUAAAAAGGUUAAUAAAAGAAAAAUUUCCGAGUGUUAUCUUCUGGCGUUGUGCUAACCAUCGUCUGGAAUUGUCUGUCAGUGACACAGUCAACAAAGUGGUUGGAGUUAAUCACUUUAAGAAUUUUAUGGACAAACUCUAUGUGACUUACCAUGCUUCACCCGAGAAUGCUAGGGAAUUGGAGGAAUGUGCAGCAACUCUAGAACUUCAGCUUCUGAAAAUUGGAAGGAUUUUAAGCACUCGCUGGGUUGCUUCUAGCUUUUGCACAGUUUUCGCAGUUUGGCAAGAUUAUGAAGCACUGGUUUAUCACUUUCAGGAGGCAAAAGAAGACAGGAGAAGAAGCAAAACAGAUCGCUGUCUUUAUGAGGGUCUUUUAAGGACAAUAACAUCAUGUGAAUUUGUUCUCGAUUUGGGUCUUAUGUGUGAUGCUCUCCAAGUUCUCAGUGAACUAAGCUUGGAUUUACAAGAGCAAAAUAUUGAUUUGUUUACAGCAGACAGGAAGAUAAAGAACACAGUUCAACUUUUUGAAGAACGAAUUGAGAAUCCUGGUCCAUACUAUAAUAUUGCUCUUCAAAGUCAGAAGACUAUGAAGUUCAAAGGGAGUGAGCUCCACAAAAAUGAAAAACUUACCCCUACAAUAAGUUCAUCUGCUUUCUAUGAAAGUCUGAAAGAAACUGUUAGAAAGUGUAUACUUGAAGGAGAUGAUGCUGAUUUGCCUGAAUGUGCCAAGGUUUUAGAUUCCAAAUACUGGCCAGAAAAUCCUGGAAAGCAAUUAACCUUUGGUGAAACUGAAAUUAGAAAACUAUCACAAAAGUUUCGCUUAAAUGAAAAGGAAACCAUUUGUGGCUUUCAUGAAUAUCUUGAAGAAAAUGAAGUCCCGGACAAAUUACUUCCUCUAAUGCACGCUUUAAGCACAAUUGCAAUAUCUUCAACGGAAUGUGAAAGAGGACUAUCUCAGAUGAAUCUUACAGUAACUUCAUCAAGAUCAUCUCUGGUUAUUCGGACAGUUUCUUCUCUGAUGUUCAUCAGGAUGGUAGGACCUCCUCUUACUCAGUUCAAUCCUACCAAAUAUGUUGAAUCAUGGCUGCUACAAGGACAUCAUAAUGCAGUUGAUACAAAAAGCAGGAAGCGAUCUAGAGAAGACGAGGGUACAUCGGAGGAUGUAUCAAAAGUGUGGCACUUACUCUAACAACUUCAUGAAAGCUACAUGUUGACAAUGGCAUCUGGUGAUGACAAUGGCAAGAAAGUGACUCCUGUGCUCAGAGUAAGUCAGCUUGAUGCCCUUGAACUGAACAAAGCAUUGGAACAGCUGGUUUGGUCCCAGUUUACUCGCUGUUUUCAGGGAUUUAAA